UAUGAUAGAUUGUCAUAAAUUUUAAUUAGUCCUAAAUAAAUAGGUGCUGGAAAGCUAAAUAAAACUUGAUUUUCAUAAUUUACUGUGGCGUUGCACAAUCUAACAUAUAAUAUCUACGCAGUAUAGACUAGAUAUAUUAGAAUAAAGUUAUUGUAUCCUAUAUUAUGGCGGACAACCAAGAUACCCCGAUGGCGAACAAUGAUGCCGAUGUAGUACAAAAAGCUGUGGCAGUCAGGGAUAAUAGGAAAGAAAAUGACUCAUCGCCACCACCACCAGCGACUCCACCACCAGGUGAAGAAGACACUCAAGAAUUGAUAGUGGUCAAUGAAAACACUGAGCUUCUUGAUCUUAACCAUGGCAGAAUUGGAAAAAUUGAAAAUCUUGAGCAACUGAAAAACUUAGAAAGGUUAUAUCUCAGAUGGAAUUUUAUAAAAAAGAUAGAAGGGCUUGAUACACUCACAAAAUUGGUGGAACUGGAACUUUAUGACAAUCAAAUUGUGGUCAUUGAGAAUUUGGAUAGCUUGGUCAAUUUGGAGAUUCUGGAUUUGUCAUUUAACAGAAUCAAAGAAGUCACUGGACUGAAUAACCUUCUGAAACUACGUAAACUUUACUUAAGUUCAAAUAAAAUUACUGAAAUCAACAAUGUUAAUCAUUUUCCUAAGCUGGAAACACUUGAGCUGGGUGAUAAUCGUAUAAGGGAAAUAAAAAAUCUUGAAGGCUUAAAAACACUAAAAGAGCUUUAUUUGGGCAAAAACAAAAUAACAAAAAUUCAAAACCUCGAAGACCUCUCAAGUCUAGAAAUACUUGUCCUUCAAAGUAAUCGCCUCACAAAAUUAGAGAACCUUGAACAUUUAACAAGUUUGGAACAUUUGUAUGUAUCAGAGAAUGGCUUAACUGCUAUAGAAAAUCUGCAGAAUCAGGUCAAACUGCAGACAUUGGAUUUGGCUGUGAAUAGGAUUACAGCAAUCGAUAAUGUAAGACACAUGAGUGACUUGGAAGAAUUAUGGCUCAAUGAUAAUCAAAUAUCCGAGUGGUCAUCAGUUGAAUACUUGCAAGAGAACAAGAAGUUGGCAACAAUAUACUUAGAGAGAAAUCCUAUAGCGUCAGACCCAGCUUAUAGAAGAAAGAUAAAAUUGACCCUUCCGUCUCUGCAGCAAAUCGAUGCGACAUUGUGUAGAUAAGAAUUUAAUGCAUUAGUAGUUUGAGUAUUAACCCAGAAAUGUAAAGUAUAAUGCACAUUGUUUUGGACCAAAAUCUCUAUUAUACCUAAUGAGCAUUGCUAGUAUUUUGUUUUGUGAUAGCCAAAAACCAUUUUAGUUCAGUCAAUUUUAGUUUUUUUUUUUAAAUCAUCUAAUGAAAAUUCAUAAUAUAGACAGUAGCAUUUCUUUUUUAUCUAUUUAACAUCUUAAACAAUCAAAUGGGCUAUAUCGAAGGAGCUUAGCUCCUCCCAUAGACACUAGCAGUGCAAAAAGUACCCAAUACUCAAUAUGAUAUCUAAGGUGUUAUAUUCCUUAUGCCCGUAUUUUAAUUGGGCAAUCCCGACAAAUUAAAACAUAAAUAUACAUCGUAUUCAUGCUGGGCGUUAUAAUAAAUGAUAACGGGUCUGCCCAAACCUAUAUUCAUAAAUAAAGUAAAAUUUCUGGGAGAGGAGGUUGUCGUAAGUUGGGUUGUAGUUGUGACUUCCCCUUUGUGUAGCCGAUUCUAAUCUCAGGAAGAGUAAAGGUAAAUAACUUUGACCUUGUACUGAAUUUUUAUCAUUGGUCGAGACCUGAAUUGUCUAAGGUAUUUUUAUUUUAAUGUUGGCGAAAUUGUGUUCGGAAUUUUAUAACUUAAAUUAAAGUGGAUAGAAAUGGUUAAGUUUAAUAGUAUAUUAUUAGAAAUAAUUAUAUUAUUAAUUAGAAAUUGUUUGAAGCGAAUAAUAUAAAAGAUCUAUAAUAAGCAAACUGCUUGGAAUAUAUAAAUCUAAGGUUAAUUCACCUUUACUCUUGCUAUUAGAAUAUAGUAUAGUAAUGCUAAUUAUUAUAUAAUGUGUAUAAAAAUAUAAAUGUGUUAUAAUUGUUUAGUUUUGUCUCUAUUAAAAAGUAUGGCAGUUUAUUAGUUGUAUUGUAUGUAUUAUCGACAUUAUGAGUAGCUACAAUUAAUUCGCUUAUGUAUAUAACAUAUAUUUUAGAACCAUUAAAAGUAAUAUUGUAACAUUGUUUAAACAUUUAUCAAUGUAUGUAGAUAAUGUUAUUUGAAAGCCAAAUUUAGGCUACCCACGUUUUGAUAUAUUUUCUUUUUACUUUUAUACGCAAUUUAUUUACAACGACGUCACCUGUCGCUGUAAUAUUGUGUCAGUCGAAAAUAUUUCUCCUAAACCUAUAAGUCUCAUCAAUAUCCGUCCGCAUUUUAUUAUAUUUAUUCAAAUGAAUUUCGAUUUCUAUAUUUGUCAAUACCUAAAAUGUAAUUCGUGAGUUUACAUCUAAAUAAUAUACAUAUAAAUAAGUUCCUAUAAAAUUAUCCUUUUAAAAAUAUAUAUUAAGAAAAAAAUAAUAAGAAGAUAGUUGUAGAUAUUCAAAUUAUAUAAAAUUAUAAUUGGUCUUCUUAUCGUAUAAUCUUGCUAUUUUUUAAAUAAUUAAUUGAUAAUAGUUUGUUAUGUUAAAUGGUAAUUAUUUUAUAAACAAUACUAUAGGCUCGCGUUUUCAGGCAGUCGCGGAGUCGUACGUCAGCAUUGUCCACAAGGAUGCUCCAGAUCGCCCCCUCAAUGCAUUUAGUAAAUAAAUGUCUAAGUAUAAUUACAAUAUUAAAUGUUAUGC